CUUAGACCUUCCUUGAGAAUCCGAGACCAGACUUGCCAUUGUGAUGGGUCUUGGAGCGGAGCUCAGGGUCCUUCCCCUGCUUCUGGACGGCAAAAAAUCCUGUUCAACGCAAGGAAGUUGAAUCGCGCUUAGCGUUGGGUAGAAUCCAGCGGGGGGAGAUACCCGGGACAAGACUGAUCGUUUCAUCCUCAGGAACUACCCUUCCUCCCGGCAGCACCUUUGAUCAGCCGGCUGUGGAUGUUAUACUUGCUUCCAGAUUUACUUAUUUUUUAAAAGUUAGCUUGGUGGCUGUUUGCUUUUUUUUUUCUUUUUUUCUUUCUUUCUUUUUUUUUUUUUGGAAAGAGUCGUACCCCUGGACUAGUGUCGGAGACGCGGCUUCCCUUUGCAAUGGGAUUGCAGAUUUCUUAGCUGUGUUGUGGUCGCGCUAAGUUCUCGACUUGCCCUCCACCCUCAAGUUUCCAUAUAUGAAAUGGGAAAUCGAGGGCUGUUCGGCGCCCUUUGUUACCUGAUGUUCAAUGCACCCCUGCUGUUCAUAGUGAACGCUGCAUUUACUGAAGUUCCCAAAGAUGUGACUGUUAGGGAGGGAGAUGAUAUUGAGAUGCCUUGUGCUUUUCGGGCCAGCGGAUCCACCUCUUACUCCUUGGAAAUCCAGUGGUGGUACCUUAAAGAACCAGCCAGAGAACUUGCCCAUGAAUUAGCCAUCAGUGCCCCCGGCAGCAGAAGCAAGGUAACAAAUAAGGAUGCAACUAAAAUCAGCACGGUGCGGGUCCAGGGCAAUGACAUCUCGCACCGGCUGCGGCUGUCCGGCGUGCGGCGGCAGGACGAGGGCGUGUACGAGUGCCGGGUGUCGGACUACAGCGACGACGAGACCCAGGAGCACAAAGCCCAGGCGCUGCUGCGGGUCCUGUCGCGCUUCGCCCCGCCCGACAUGCAGGCGGCCGAGGCGGUGUCGCACAUCCAGAGCAGCGGGCCGCGCAGGUACAGCCCGGCCGGCAGGGCCACCGCCGAGCCCGGCCUGGAGAAGCGCCUGCUGCCGCCCCAGGGGGCCGGGGCCGGGGCCGGGGCCGCCUCCUCGCCCGCCGCUUCCACCACCGCGGCGUCCUCCUCGGCCUCGCCGCCUCCCGGCAAGGCCGCCAUCCUCCGCCAGCAGCACGGAUCAGGUACAGGACCUAUUUAUGCUACAGACCCACUUCUAUAUAUGUUCCUGUUAAUACUGCAUAAGCUUGUACACUUAUUAGUAAACCACUGAUGGACUAUUUUAUCCAAUAUUCCUAAGCCAAACAAAAAGGAACCUGUUUAAAAACAAAACAAACCCUUGAUAAGAACUGUAGUUUUAAAGAUGGACAGAGAGAGACUGAAAGAAGCAUGACAAACUGUACAUGGGGAGGGGGGAACAUAUUUUUGGGGAUGUUACACAAAAUAAACCACCUAAAAUAAUGAAUCUAGUUUCCAGAUGAUAUGGUGUAAAGCCACGCUCUGUGCAUGGCACCUAUGAUUUCUCUAUUUUAAUGUAAUUUUUUUUCUUUUCUAAACCUUCCCUCUGACUAUUCAUUUUGCACGAACUGUUGAGCAGUUAUCUUUAUGAUAAUAUGUAAAGAUGUUGAGUUAAAGCCCUUCUAAAGAAGGGAAAUAUUUUUAGUAGAUUAUUGUGUUUAGGUUUUUGGAUUUCCUUUUUCUGUUUUUUAAUUAAAGUAAAUUAUUUCUUUUUGAGACAUUUUGAUUAAAAAAGGCACAUCUUACCAUAAUUAAUAUUCACUGUCAAUAAUAUUUAUUUUUAAAUAAAGAUUGGAAGCAAGGUAAGACAUUUGUUUAUAAACUGUAUUGUAUAUUGCUGAAUAACAGUUGAAUAAAAAGAUUUUGAAAUAA